UCUCCGCCGUUCCCGAGAUUGCGCCGCCUGCUCGCGGCGAGGGCAUACGGAGCGGACGCGGACCUCGCGACGGUGUUCACCCUCCCAGCACCACCAGGAGAGCAGCAUGACAGCAGGGCGACCAUCCCCGUUGCUUUUCCUGUGCUGCCUGGCCGGGUGUGGCGCUACACCUGCCUCUCCAGGCGCAGCUCCUCCGGCGGUGGUAGGCGCGGCAGGCGCAGCGGGCGCCCUGCAGGCGUCCGUGGCGGCUUCAUCAGCGGCGGGACAGACGGCCCCGCUGCCCGGCGUCCCGGUGAAUGACGCCAUGCGGGACAUGAUGAUGGAGAUGCAGAUGACGUUCUUCUUCGGGAACAAAUUCUCCCUCUGGUUCAAAGGGUUCGAUGUCAGCAGCGGCGGAGAGCUGGCUGCUGCCUGCAUAGGCCUGGUCAUCUUGGCGGCCUUGUACGAGGGUCUCAAAGUGUACAGAAUCCUCGCCGUCGAGAACUGGAGCCCGCGGGGAUUGUACAGCGGCGGCCAUUGGCUGCAAGCAGUGUUGCACAUGGUGCAGAUCACCGUCAGCUACUUCCUGAUGCUGGCCGUGAUGACGUACAACGUCUGGGUGUUGCUGGCCGUCUGCCUCGGCGCGGGCCUCGGCUACGCCACCUUCUCGAUGCUGGUGCCGGCCAAGUCAUUGCUGGGCGCCACCAGCGAGCACUGUCACUAGCGGAUCCGGCAGGUGCCCCGACCCGCCCACACGGCGCCGGUGACCAGCUGCAGGGCGUCGGCGCUGCUCCACGUCACCAGCCCCAGUCCGUGGGGUCCCGCAUUCCACUUCCUGUACAGAUACUCGGGGCAUCCAUUCGGCUUCGUCGUUGCGCUUAUGAGUAACUAUGCCGUGUGGCUUCGAGCCAGCGUACCCCGGGUCAGAAGCGUGCCAUUCGGAACGUCUCGCAUCCAGCCAUCGAGAGAAGACGCCGGAAUAAAAAGCUGGGUCCAGCACGGUCCAGACCAGCAGCGGGGAUAGCAAGCAGCAUGCGAAUCGCUGCUUUACGAAACUGCUUGGGCUGACAAUGUGUCAACAGAAUUGUGAACUCAGUCAUGCGCAUAGAAUUAACUGAAUAAACAGCAAUACCACUGA